AUGGCAAAUAUUGAUGAUGUUCCUUUCGAGAUUCUGGAUAUGAUCCAGUCCAAUCUUCCCUUCUUCGAUCUCCUCAGGUGCCAGAAUGUUUGCCAACAUUGGGAAGACCUGUUUUUCUCCAACAAGAGAAAAUGGCACUACGACGGCGUUUACGAUUAUUCAACAAUAACGGCAGAUGGAAUCCAUCGCUUGCUCAAGCUGUAUUCUGGUCCAGGCGAUGAAUUUGACACGGCCUACCAGCUCGUAGCUUUCGCAAAGGGCCGACUCCUUCCCAACUUUCAUGUUUACGCUCUAAGUGCUGAGCCCAAGUGUACGGUAGAAAUUGGGUUAGGCUGUACCCAUUGUCAAAAGAAGAUGAGUGAUGAAACCCCCUCUCAGUAUAAGAUGAACUUGUCAGAACCAGUCGUUAUCACUGACUCCCCACUCCUCGACGAACCACUGCUCUAUCACAAACGGGUAGAAUCUGGUGACGCUCUUCGUAUUGAGAGAACCGAGGAAGAAAACAUUUUCUUCGACUGGAUGCAGUCAUACCACAUGAGCUUGACUCAUGGAUCAGAGCGUCUCGUGUCUUACACUACUGUCCAGAAUCCCACAGGCGAUCCACUAUUUGACACUGCAUUUAUCAUCGCAAACUUCGACCUUAAGCAUCCGAAGUAUUCAGCCAUGACCGUCAGAGAAUUCAUCGAAGAUGCUUGGGACGAUGUCAAGUCAUUGGUUUGGAUCAACCACCAGGCAACUUUCCCCUCUCAGCAAACGUCCGCUGUCACUAUUGCACUCCGAGAGUUUGAAGAGGAUGAAGGUAUUUUCGACUGUUGGUUUCUCUGUUGGCGAGGUAGACCAGCUUUUGACAACCUAUCAUCCCCUGAUCUCAUAGUCUAUCUUCAGGGCACCGAAUACGUCUUAAAGCUCUACAAAACAAUCCCACUCUAA